AUGAUCCGAUACGGUGCCCUCGCCCGCGCACGGCCGCUCCAAUUGGCCGUGCAGACACGCAGCAUCAUGAACAGACAACAGAAAGAGGAGCAGCGGUUUAAGGAACAUAUGGAGGCGCAGCGAAGAAAACGUAAGUGGUCGACCUAUAUCACAUCCUCAGUUGCCGUGCUUUUAGCAACCUCCGGCAUACUAUACAUCUGGCAGCCGUGGAACCCUUUCAGUACAGAGGUGAGCCGUCACUUGCGCAAGGGUCUGUGGCUAGAGACCAGCAAGAACAUCGAUUACUUAAAAGCGUUGGAACACUAUCAGGACGCCCUCAGGCAGUGCAGAAAGGAGGAAAUGGAUAAUUUGGAUCCACGGUACACGGGCAUAGUCUUGAAAAUAGCAGAGAUGUACGAGAAGCUGCAGAUGGUGGACAGACAGCGCGAGGUGUACCAGCGUCUUAGCGACUUUCUUUUUGCCAAGCUGGUCAACGAUGAGGUGCCUGAAGAGUGGAAGGACAAGGUGAUUCAGCGAGACCUGGUGGUGGCCACGCGAUUGGCAACGCUCGCUCCCGCGGGCCAGACGAAGCGUGUGAUGCAGGAAUUAUGGGAGCGGAUGGGUUACGCGGAACAGCAGACUGUUGCCAAAUUCCCAGUGCUACAUGUUCGCGGCGAGCUCGAUAUUCUGGAGGUGUUGCAGCUAGACUCGUGGUCUGCGAAAAAAAAAUUUAUAGAGCAGCAUCUGCCACAGGCAAAGAAAUUCCUGAGCCAAUGGAGCAUUGAAUGGCCAUGCUACAUGGAAGACCUUGUGCGGGCGCGCGAUUUGUACGCGACGUUGGCGAUGUUCACUGCGCCGGGGGACGUGGCUGUGAAAGUGUUGCAGUCGAACAUUUUUUUCAUGAAGAUCUCGGGGCUGGAGCCAAUCAAGAUGAGCACGGCGCUGCUGAACCUGGCGUCUGCGUACUACUUCAAGAGCGAGCAGCACGACUCCCGGAUUGGGCUGGUCGGGAACACAGACACGCUGGAGAAACAGAUGUUUGUGGAGCACGAAAAAACGGAGGCCCAGAAGGCGCGCGACAUGAGCGCACGGCUGUACCGCACGAUCAUCAGCCGGUACCAGGGCGAGGACGAAGACUCGCAUGUGUGUCAGGCGAUGUCGCUUUAUUCGCUGGGGGUGUUGAAUAAGGGCCAGAAGGAGGCAGAGACGUAUUUCAGCCGGGCACGAGAGGUGGCUGCCGAAUACGGGCUGGUGCAGGUGAUCGAUAAAAUCGACAACGAGACGCUGCUCCCAACACCAUUACAGCAGGUCUAA